AAAAAAAAUAGCCCUCAUAUUUUUAAGAGAAACUUUUUUUUGUCUUACUCUAUUUUAGGUGGUCUAUAAAAGAAGAGAAAGGGCUCAACAGAUCAAUUGAUGGCUCCACGAUGGGCAUUACGAUGUGAUCAAAUCCCUCAAAGGGUUUUUUGGCAGCAAAUAUUAUUGCAAGACCUGUGAGAACCUAUCAGUGUGUGAAGACCUAUCGGCGCGUUAAAGAACACCGAUGUGCCCAAUGCCUGUCCCAUAUGCUUGGGAACCGACUGCUUUCCGGGCCAGCCCCAACGAUGUCAGGAUUGUGACCGUCUCUGCCGCUGUGAUGCCAGUUGUGCAGCACACAAAGCUCUCACUGGAAACCAAGAGUUUUCACUUUGCGACAGGAUCGGACGGGGAUAUUUGUCGCUGUUGCCUGGAGUUUCGAGACCAGAUUUUGGAUGUGGCGGGUGUGGAUUCAUUCCGAUACGUGACCAUUGCCUCAGCCUGUAUGGCAACGUAUCGGAGUGGCCACAUUCAGCCUAACACGAUUGCCAUAGUACCCACACACGGAUAUGUGAACUCCACUAAUUACAGCCCUGAUUCUAUCCGGUGCUUGGACUUUGUUGCUGCUUCGAAAGGAAUUGCCAUUCAACAUGCUUUGAACAGUUUCGCAGAGCACAGAAUCGCCGGAAUCUCGGUAGAGGGUUUCUGCGAAGAAACGCAAACCGUCUAUCAGUUUCAGGGCUGUUUCUUCCAUGGGUGUAGUUCGAGCUAUGACGGUGAUGUCAUUCACCCCUUAAUGGAGAAGCUGGGUCGAGACGUCCUGUAUCACGACACAGAUUCCAUAAUCUACGCUACCAAUGGUCGCAAUGAUCCUCCCUUAGGUAACUUCCUAGAAGAAUUUACCAACGAACUACUAGAUGGAGAUGUCAUCAAAACCUUCAUGUCAGGAGGACCAAAAAACUAUGCGUACCAGACGGCCACUGGGAAAGCCUGCUGCAAAGUCAGAGGAUUUUCGUUGAACUUCCGAAAUUCCCAGCUGUUAAAAAUUUUGAAGCUAUGAAACGCUUGGUCUGCAGUCUGGAUGAUAAUGAAAGUAUCCUUCUCCAUAAUCCUUCCUGAAUCACCCCAGAAGUGAAGAGAAGAAAAGUGGUCAACAAAAAGGAGACAAAAAUGUACAAAGUUGCGCUGGACAAACGGGUGAUCCAAAAAGACUUGACCACACUGCCCUAUGGAUUUUAAGAACCUUCUAUAGUAUCACAUUAUAUAAGGAAAAAAAAAGGAUUUUGCAAUGUAUGAAAAGUUUUAUUAUUGAAAAAGAUGGUAUGUACAAAAACGUUUGUAUGUAAAAAGAUGAUAUGCACAAUUAUGCAUUUACGUGUAAAGACGUAUUUAGAAAUAAAUAAACAGAAGUUUGAAAAUUA